AUGUCCGAAUCUAAAAGAAGUGCGUCAUUUCCAAAUGGCGACUCUAUUGUACCAAAGAAGAAGCAGCACCAGGUGAAGGUCGAGGACUCUGACGUUGAUGUUGUGGUGAUGGCUAAAGACCGCUCUCCUGAAGCAGUGCAACUAAAACGUAGCGUCAGCGAAAAACACGAUCAAACGCAGCCCCAUGAACAUUCUGAUCGCGGUCGAUAUAGAACCAGCAAUGGAAUAAAGAACGGAAACGAGGAUGGACAUGGUCAUGGUCAUGGCCAUGGUCAGAGUCACAGCAUGAGCCGUAGCAGUAGCAGUAAUGCAGCUGCGAACAAGGGCAAUAAGCCUGGCGUAAAUGCUGGUCACCGACCUGUUACGUCAUGUACCCACUGUAGGCAGCAUAAGAUAAAAUGUAACGCUUCGGAGAGAUUUCCAUCGCCUUGUUCGAGAUGUGAGCGUAUGGGACUUCACUGUGAGAUUGAUCCAGACUUUCGACCUAAGAAAGGCUCGCAGUUGCAGAGUUUACGUAAUGAUGUCGAUGAACUAAAGGUUAAGAUAGAGUACCUAACAAGAAACGAGAGUCUUAUUGCCAAGGCGUUACGCCAAAGUAAUAUGGGACAAAAUUUACUCCAGGCUAUAAAAUCGGUGGACUUUUCAUAUCGGGUUGCGGGGCCUACUCAAGGACAGGCUUCGAAAAACAAAAUAUCGGUUCAAACAUACCUAACUAACGAACCUCACUUGUUGCAGGACUCACAGCCAACCACUACGAACCCAACAACAUCCACGAAUUCGAAGGCAGUAACACCUUCCGGGUCUGAUCAGUCGCCUGGUAGUACCAACGGUAGUGCCAUUCAUAAUAAUGGUAAGCCACAGUUACUAAAUGAUUCAGUCCCUACUAAUAACACGAAAGAUCGCUUGCCUCCUGUUUUGCAGAUUGCAUUGAAACGCUUAAGCCAACAAAAUUCUCAGUCCCCACAAACUGGAAGUCCUUCUGCAGCAUCGCAUUCGUCACCCACUGAACUACCAUCGGAUAAGCAACAUAUUGUUGCAACAACAAACGCCAUGCCGUUAUUACCUUCCCCGCAUGCAAAUAUAGAUGAAUUUGUCCUUGGAGAUGUCCGUAUAUCUAUUGAAAAGGCAGAUGAACUACACAAGAUAUUUGUCACCCGACUUCUUCCUUAUUUCCCAAUAAUGCAAUCUAACUCAGCUACAGAACUAUAUUCUCAAUCUCAACUUUUAUUCUGGACUGUUAUCUUGACAGCAUCUCUUUCGGAUCCUGAGCCAACCAUGUACAAUAAGCUUUCUUCACUAAUCAAACAGUUAGCUAUUGAGACAUGCUGGAUCAGAACUCCAAGAUCGACUCAUAUUUCACAGGCACUAUUGAUACUCUGCAAUUGGCCUUUACCAAAUCAGAAGGUGUUAGACGAUUGUUCUUACAGAUUUGUAGGAUUGGCAAAAUCUUUGUCUUUCCAAUUAGGUUUACAUCGUGGUAAGUUCAUGACGGAAUUUACAAGAACCCAAACGUCAAUGCCUGAUGCAGAGAAGUGGAGAACAAGAACCUGGCUUGGUAUAUUCUUCGCAGAACAACUCUGGGCAAGUAUAUUAGGUCUUCCUCCAACCUCACAGACAGACUACUUGAUUGAGAAGGCGAGGUUAGGAGACGAUGAAGAUUUACCACCGAGACUUCGGAAAUUAAUCUGUUUGGCCAAUUUCCAGGGCAAACUUUGUAAUGUCAUGGGAUCAAGCGUUAUUUCGCCAGAUGGGCUUAUGGAUGCUAGAGAGCGUGCAGGAUCAUUGGCUAUUUUGGAAAGGGAAUUAGAAAGAUUAGACGUUAAGUUGAAGUUUGAAGAAGAUGCCGCUGUUGAAAUUUAUUUCUUGUAUGUUAAACUAAUGAUUUGCUGUUUUGCUUUUCUUCCAGAAACUCCCACGGAGGAUCAGACAAAAUAUGUUACUGAGGCAUAUCUAUGUGCCACUAAGAUCAUUACAUUGUUAACCAAGCUACUUGAAACACAACAGUUAAUUGAACUUCCAAUAUACAUCAGACAUAGUGCAACAUAUGCCGCAUUAGUUUUGUUCAAGUUAUACUUGACGCCACUCUUACUGGAUAAAUAUGUUGAUUCUGCGCGUCAAUCUGUUGUGACUGUUCACAGACUAUUCAGAAAUCAAUUGACAGCAUGGGCUACAAGUGUGGAGAAUGAUAUAUCCCGUACAGCAAAUGUCUUAGAAAAGCUUAAUUUCGUCUUGGUUACACACCCUGAAGUGUUCAUUGAAGAAGAUGGUAUUAUUUCGCGGAUGAGAUCCCAUUUGACCGGUACACUAUUCUACGAUCUAGUCUGGUGUGUGCAUGAAGCAAGAAGAAGGCAAAUGGAUCCUAACUACGACGCGGAGAGUGUCAGGCGUAAUAAAGAGAAAUACUUUAAGAAUAGGAGGAAGUUGUAUCCAUUACCAUUUUACAACCAAAUCUCAAAAGAAGAUUUCGAAACGAUUACUCAGACGACACCAGGUGGUACUACUGUUACAACUUUAGUACCAACGAAGAAUGCCAUUAAGCAAGCCAAGCAACUAGCUAAGUCUCAAGGUGAUCAAAAUGGACCUGUGACACAUAUUAACGGUAUUCCGCUUUCGAUGCUUGACGAGACUGGUAGUGUUAAUAUUGAAGGUUUGUUUGCUAACGUCAACUUAGAUCUUUCUAGGAACAACCAAAACGGUGCCGCCGGUGCUGGCGCUGGCUCUGGACCUCUUGAUAUUGGAGCAAGACAUAAUCCUGCUACAGGAAUGGCUUCCGGGCCUACGAAUCAAGAGAAAUCCAAUUCUGGUAGCCAGCUGCCUGCUGUGUAUGCGGGUGAUAUUCAGAAGUCAACUGUGGCAUCCGCAGCCGGUAACAGCACGGUACAACUUGCGGAUGGUAAACCCACUUCAACCGUUCCUGCGACGCUGGCAUCAUCCGAUCCACGUUCUCUGAACCACAUGAAGCCAUCGUCUUCCAUCAUGUCCGCGGAUCCAAAUUCCCUUUUCUCGAUGAACAACUCGCUGCAGGCUAACAUUCAGCUAAAUAAGACGUUGUCUAAUGACAGCAACAGUGGUAUCAACAACAAUACCAAUAUUCCGAAUGCAAAUGCAAACACAUCUGUGAUCAAUGCCGAUUCUACGACCAAUAAUGAAAACACUAAUAUUAAUAUUAAUAGCGCUGAUGGUAACACAAAUGGCAAUCUUGGAUUGUCUCGUCCAUCGGAUGCUGCGUACCCGAACAUGAAUGUAUUUUACAACCCUGGGGUAUCCGCAAACAACAAUGUCAACCCCAACAUCUAUUCGCCCUCUAUGGGCGGACAAGCGCAAAACGUCGCUGGAACCUUGCCCUCUCAGCAAAUCACUAGUAUGCCUAACGCGAACGUGACUUCCGAGCUGGACGACUUUUUCCUCAGACAGAGCGCUGGAUGGAUCGAGGGAAAUUCCAGUAACGACGAUUUCUUGGGAUGGUUUGAUAUUAACAUGGCGCCUGAAUUUUAA